AUGCUCGUCUGCCCGUCGUCUCUCUUCCCGUACGCGCCUACGCUGCCGUGGCCAAAGAAGGAGCGUCUGCAGAGAGGCGACCUCCUCAGGGACGUCUUGAGCGCGGGAACGCUGAGGGUGGCCGGUGUGGGCUCGACUGCAGUGUCUCUAGGCCCUAUGACGAUUGUCGCUGCACAAAAUAGAGGCGAAGAAGGGAAUUACAGCAGUCCCGAGCCUACAGGGUUCUUUCCGCAGUACAUGAGGAUGAUUGCGGGAAUCAUCGGCAGCCACUAUGGCUCGACCGUCACAGUGCAGUGGCUGUUCUAUCCCUCCGUGGAGGAGGCGCAACAGGCGGUUCUCAGAGGGCAGGCGCACAUGACGGACAUCUACUUCCUCCUUGGUCAGUCUACUCCUGGCGAGCCGCAGCCCCUGAUGGACUUCUACGCAACCUGCCCCGUUGUCGGUUCGCCGGCUCUUCUCAUCCUUCGGGAGGAUCAAGUCGCCGAAAACCCAGGCGCGCCCGGGAUGCCAGCCAAACAGCCCGCCACGAACUCUGCUUCCAGCCUGGACAAGCAUGCACUCCUGAAUCUCAACCGCCGGAUUGACAACACUUCAGACGAGCGGGAAAGAAAGGUCGUCUUCGUUUCGCGGGAUCUCGCGAAUACGGUGCAGCAUAGCCUUUCUCCGAAAGCGUUGCUGCACUUCGCGGCCGACCUUGACUCAGCAAUCAGCAUGGUGAGGGAUGGCCACGCUGCAGCCGUGUUUACGACGGGAGUCGUCCCCCCUCUGUCGCCUCCGAUGACAGUCGUCAACGCCCACCUGCUGCUUGCUAAAGGCGCUUGGAUUGAAAGAACACAUGCUCUGGAGUGCAUGGAAGAGGAGCAUGAGAACGGGCUGACAGCGUACGCCCAGGAGAAGGCUUCUGAGGGCACGAGCAAGCUCGAAUCAGCACACGCGCCCGAGGCUAUAUCGUCGGUUACUUUGUCUUUGAUUUUUGGGGGGGUCAUCGCCGUGAGUAGCGCGGUUGCCUUCUGA